ACAAUCAUAUUCAUACCCGAAAAUAAAGCCGUUACCAUCACGCAACCACCUCCCUUUCCUUCCAUUACUCCAUACGAACUUUUAUUUUCCCAUUUUACCCCUACCGACUAAAAAAACCGAACUUUCGUAACACCAAUAUAAAUACCUUCAACGAUCCUAACCAUAACAACAAUUUCUCAGAUUCACUCUUUUUUCUCUCCUCUUUCGCGCAAAGAUAAAAACAGUGUAGUUGCUAUUACUCAUGGGAACUGUUAUUGAAGCUGCAAACAAGGAUACAAAUGGAAGCGUCCUAAAUAAAAAUCCUACAGUUGUGUUUGUGUUAGGUGGCCCGGGCAGUGGAAAGGGUACUCAAUGUGCAAAUGUUGUCGAACAUUUUGGGUUUACUCACCUCAGUGCUGGUGACCUUCUGCGAGCGGAAAUCAAAUCUGGCUCCGAAAAUGGCACAAUGAUUCAGAAUAUGAUUAAAGAAGGAAAAAUUGUUCCGUCCGAGGUAACAAUUAGGCUUCUGCAACAAGCAAUUAAAGACAAUGGCAAUGACAAAUUUCUUAUUGAUGGUUUUCCACGCAAUGAGGAAAACCGUGCAGCAUUUGAGAGAGUGACUGGAAUAGAGCCAGCAUUUGUCCUGUAUUUUGAUUGCCCAGAGGAAGAGAUGGAGAGACGACUUCUUAGUAGGAACCAGGGUAGAGAAGACGACAACAUUGAAACAAUAAGGAAGCGAUUCAAGGUUUUCUUGGAUUCUAGUCUCCCUGUGAUUAAUUAUUAUGAUGCAAAGGGAAAAGUUCGCAAGGUUGAUGCUGCAAGGCCUGUUGAGGAGGUAUUUGAGUCAGUCAAAGCAAUUUUCGGUCCAAAAAAUGAGAAGGCUGAUUGAGUAUGUCACCCUUGAUUUCAUGCUGGAUAUUUAAGAGGUCACAUUAGUGAUGGCUUCUUGUUAUUUUGCCUCACAUUUUGUUGCUAGAUAUAGAAAAAUGUAUUUUAUACCUGAGGUUGUUGCCUCUAUAUUCUAUUGUUGCACCUUGUCGGACUCAUUCAUUUAUAACAAAUAAUUUUGUUUUGAGUUAUUUAUGCACGGGAAAUUUGAUCCCAACAUUUUCAAAUUCUGGAGUGUGUAAGUGCCCUUUGUGGGUUUGUAGUGGACCAAUAUUUUUUACCAUUAAAUCAAACAAAUUCCUAUGAUCAUUCGAUA